CACGAUCGGUUAUCUAUUAUUUAAACGUUUAAUAUCUGCCGAAUGGCGAUAGAGUGUUUCUUUACGGUGUUUUAUCCGAUGAAUAACUACUUGGACGAUUAAAUUUGGCAACAUCGCGUUUGGAAUGGUAUCUCAAGAGGUUUAAGGUGCGGAUAUUGAAAGGAACUUUAACAACCGAAAAAACGAGAAUGUGCAAGCGAUAGCACGAUUAGUAUUAUAAGUGGUUUAGGCCAAUAAUGCAUCAGUAGUAUGGCUCAACGUCGGUAGAAAAAGAUCAGUGAGUUAGAUUGGACAUUCUGAUUUUAUUGAAAGAAAAUUAAUUUGAAAUUGUUCAAACGGGUUGAUCGUUUGUGGCGUGCAUUCUUAAAAACUUGUGUACUAUAACCCCCAUUUUGUAUUCCUUGAUGUGUUAUACCCAUUCUAUAAUAUGGCUAAACAUCAUCCAGAUUUGAUUUUCUGCAGAAAACAACCGGGAGUUGCGAUUGGAAGAUUAUGUGAAAAGUGUGACGGCAAAUGUGUCAUAUGUGAUUCCUAUGUUAGACCAUGCACUCUUGUCAGAAUUUGCGACGAAUGCAAUUACGGGUCUUAUCAGGGAAGGUGCGUUAUCUGUGGCGGACCAGGUGUUUCCGAUGCCUAUUAUUGCAAAGAAUGCACGAUUCAAGAAAAGGAUAGAGAUGGCUGUCCAAAAAUUGUAAAUCUCGGAAGUUCGAAGACGGAUCUAUUUUACGAAAGAAAGAAAUAUGGGUUCAAGAGAAGAUAAGUACUGUGAAACAGACUUUAAUUUGUAUAAUAUAAUUUUUUUUAAGUCCUG